UUGUGUCUUGAUCAAGACAAACCCCACUGGUCUCCCCUCUUGUUGCUUUGUCUUGCUCCUUUGGGCUCUAGGAGAAUUAGCCUGAGUCACUGCUCACGUCACUUGUUCUUCCCCAGCUAUUAGCAUGGGGAUGGGAGGGAGAAGCUCUACUUAUUAUUAGCACCAGAGAGACAGUGUGUAAAGAGCUGAGGCUGGAUCCCUUGCACAGUCAGUGCAGAGCAAUCCAUCCAUCUUGGUAUCUAGCAGCUGGAAUCACUGCAGCAGCCUCCCAGAGGGAGCUAUAGAGAGACCUUGUGAGGAGCGUUAGCAACAGCAGCAUCUUGUAGUGAAGCAUCUGUGAGCCUGCAUCCUCCUCACCAUCACCACAGAAGAGAGACCCCCUGCACGUCGUCCAUUGCACGGUGCUGUCCAGCCAGCUCAAUGACGCUUCACAUCACCUAACACCAAGUCUUCUGCUGAGGAUUAUGACCCCCAUCAUCCUAUAAAGGCUGCGCCUUACCUGGAGGCUCUGCACCCAGCGCUGGGGCUAUAGGGGACUUGCCUUGCUUUUCUAUAGGGUCAGUGGGAACUGGUAGCCAUCAUGGGCCUGUGGAAAGGGGGGCAUGGACCCAGUGCAAUGCCAAUGUGGGGCUACACCUGCUGGAUCUUUCUGGGGUUAUUUUGGAGGUCAUUGGCCUGUCCUGAUUCCUGCACUUGUGACUCCACCAGGAUCUCCUGUGAUACGGGAUGGAUCGUAGCUUUCCCAUUCCUGAAGAACAUUUCCCAUGCUGCAAACAUCACUGAAAUUUACAUUGCAAAUCAGCGUUCAUUUGCUUCAAUCAACGUGGACGAUGUUAAGAUUUAUACUGGACUCAAAAACCUAACUGUGGUGGACUCGGGACUGAGGUUGGUAUCUCGCCAUGCAUUCCGGGAGAACCUUAAACUUACUUACAUAGACCUCUCCAGAAAUAAGCUGCUAUCUUUGAGCAGAAAGUUGUUUCGCCACCUCUCCUUGACUCACUUAAUUCUAGGUAAGAAUCCAUUCAAGUGUUCGUGCGAUAUAAUGUGGAUCAAAGUGUUUCCAGAAACAACCAUCGUAGACAAACACAACAUAUUUUGUACAAAUGAAAAUGAGAAGAGGAUACCUCUAAACCUAAUGCAGAUCCCCAACUGUGUUUUGCCUAAAGCUAAUACAAGCACUCAAGAACUUACAGUAUUUGAAGGAAACAGUACCGUUGUCUACUGUGAAGCCACGGGACUUCCUGAUCCCAAUGUCUCCUGGGAUAUAUCACAGAUUAAGUCUAACACUUCGAUAGAGACUGUAAAGCAUGGUGCUUACCUCACCCUGAAGAAUGUGACUUCACUGGACAACACGAAAACUCUUGUCUGUGCAGCUGAAAAUAAUGUUGGAGAAGAGCAAGUCUUUGUGGAACUCAACGUGCAUUUUCCACCAAACAUUACAUUAAUGGACUACCCAACCUUGGACCAUCACUGGUGUAUCCCUUUCAGCGUGAGGGGCAACCCAAUUCCUAAGCUGCAGUGGUUUCAUGAAGGAAACGUGCUAAGUGAAACAGAUUUUAUUUGGAGUAAAAUUCAUGAGUCAAGCAGCAACUUGAGUGAACAUCAUGGCUGUCUUCAACUAGACAGUCCGACACAUCUGAACAAUGGGUUUUAUACAUUACGUGCAGAGAAUGAAUACGGAAAGGAUGAGCGUACAAUUAUGGCGCACUUCAUGAAAAAUCCUGGGGAUGGUGAAUUAAGUGAUCCAGUUACUGAACCUGAAUUUUAUGAUUAUGAGACUACUUCUAAUGACAUUGGUGGAACCAGCACAGACAAUGGGGUCACUUCAACAGAUGUUUCGAAUGGAGGGAAUGAAGACAGCAUUACUGUUUAUGUUGUUGUCGGCAUUGCAGCUUUGGUCUGUACUGGGUUGGUGAUAAUGUUAAUCAUCUUAAAGUUUGGAAGACACUCCAAGUUUGGACUGAAAGGUCCUUCCUCUGUGAUUAGCAAUGAUGAUGAUUCGGCUAGUCCUCUUCAUCAUAUCUCCAAUGGCAGCAAUACCCCAUCUUCCUCAGAAGGGGGCCCUGAUGCAGUUAUCAUUGGUAUGACAAAGAUCCCUGUCAUUGAAAACCCACAGUACUUUGGUAUUACCAACAGCCAUCUGAAGCCUGAUACAUUUGUUCAACAUAUAAAGAGACAUAACAUCGUCUUGAAGAGAGAACUGGGGGAAGGGGCAUUUGGCAAAGUUUUCCUUGCAGAAUGUUAUAACUUGUACCCUGAACAAGAUAAGAUACUUGUUGCAGUAAAGACACUAAAAGAUGCAAGUGACAAUGCCCGAAAAGACUUCCAUCGAGAGGCAGAGUUACUGACAAACCUACAACAUGAACACAUUGUAAAGUUUUAUGGAGUCUGUGUGGAAGGAGAUCCGCUCAUCAUGGUGUUUGAGUAUAUGAAGCAUGGAGACCUGAAUAAAUUCCUAAGGGCCCAUGGACCAGAUGCUGUCCUUAUGGCAGAAGGAAACCGUCCUGCAGAGCUCACUCAAUCUCAGAUGCUUCAUAUAGCUCAGCAGAUUGCAGCAGGUAUGGUGUACCUGGCCUCUCAGCACUUUGUCCACCGCGAUCUGGCCACAAGAAACUGUCUGGUGGGAGAAAAUCUCUUAGUGAAGAUUGGAGACUUUGGAAUGUCUAGAGAUGUCUAUAGCACUGAUUAUUACAGGGUUGGAGGACAUACUAUGCUACCUAUCCGUUGGAUGCCUCCUGAGAGUAUUAUGUAUAGAAAAUUUACAACAGAAAGCGACGUCUGGAGUCUAGGAGUGGUGCUAUGGGAAAUUUUCACUUACGGGAAGCAACCAUGGUACCAGCUAUCAAAUAAUGAGGUGAUCGAGUGUAUAACUCAAGGCCGAGUCUUGCAGCGACCUCGCACUUGUCCGAAGGAAGUCUAUGAUCUAAUGUUAGGCUGCUGGCAGAGGGAGCCUCACAUGAGGCUGAACAUCAAAGAAAUUCACAGCCUCCUUCAGAACUUGUCCAAGGCAUCCCCUGUUUACCUUGACAUUCUUGGCUAGACGUUGAAGGUGUUAUCUGUAUGGGCUUGAUAAAUGAAUGUGGUGAACAGCCGCUGAACUCCAUGAAAUGUGUUAUAACCUCUGACAGUAUUAUUAACAAAGAUGCUGAGAAGCUAUCAAAGGGCAAGCAACACAAACUUCUCCAUCUGUACAAUACACAGUAUUGAUAUUUGCCAUUAACAAGUUGUAUCUUUUUAUCCUGAGCCUAUCUCUUCUUUUACUUCUUCCUUUCCUCUUCCGUCUGUUUGUCUCUCACUGUCUUUCCUACUCCGUGCUUCUGCCUUUAUGUAACUCAGCAUACAUAAACAAAGGCCUUAAAACCUUAUCUGUUACUCAGCAGGAUCGCAUGUUUGUCCACCACAUCUAAAAAUGCCUUCUUGUAUUCCUGCCUUUGAUGUGGAUGAAAAAAGGGAAAAAUAUUGUAUGACACAAACUUAACAACUUCUGCUGUACAUACAUGUAGACUUUCUAUUGACUGUUGCUCACCUCUACGUUUCGGGCUAUGUGCACUAAUGGCAGACCAUUUCUGGACAUCAGGAUAAAGUGUUUGCAGAAAUACAUUUGUGGUAGUAAGGACACAUGCCAAUGGGAAGACAUUUAACCAUCUACCUAACAAAAAACCUGAAGAAACACAAUCAACGCAUACUGUUCUGAAGAGAAUAAAUCCACCCUGCUUUGUAUGUGGCUAGUCCUUUAUCACUAUAUACCCCAUAAUAGAAAGAAACAUGUUGCUUGCUUCCAGCAAGCUGCUCUAGCUGUCUUCAUCCUUUUCUUUUCUAAGUGCAGUAAACCAUUGUUAGAGGCUGAAUCAAUCGUUGUAACAGACUGAAAUCAUCACAAUGUGAUGCCGAAUUUAUCGAAUACAAUGUCCAACAGACAAUCUCUGUCACUGACCAGUUUACAAAGCCGUUCUAUACAACUCAAAGAAUACACAUCAUGAGGAGUGGAGGCCAAGAGCUCAGAAAAAAGCUUGGAUUGUUUUGUAUGGAGAUGGGCAGAGGUGAUACGGGAAGCCUAACACAUGUAUGUUAUUGUUGACGAAGAAAAGCCUCAGAUGAGGGCUGCUGCUUGUAUUCUGUUCUGGUAACAGAGUCAGUAGGCAACGUUGCAACCAAAAGAUGUCGAUGGUAUGCAUUCAACGGUUGGUGGCUACCUUGGUUUUUCUUUUUUUUAAAUAGUUUUUCAUCCGUGGGCUCCGGAUUGAAGUUUAUAUUUCUCUAUAUUACAUUGUAAAAACAAAAAAAAAUGUGGCAGCCUUUCUACAAAUGUAUGUGAUGUUAAACUUGGAGGCAGCGCAUGCUUAUAUAUGUUACCGGCAUGAUGUGUCCAAUGCAAAGAUAUUGAAAGUUGUUCCCCAAUACACAUACAGUACAGGGAUUCACUCUGUAUCACAGUCACAUUUACCAUAGUGUAGAGAAUUAUCUUUCAAGAGGACAGGUGCGGCCCUACUGUAACACCAUGCAUUCCUCUCUGUGGGGGUUAGUUUUCGAAAGAAUGUAGUAGCACAGUAACGGAAUUUACCAUUUGUAUAGGUAAAUGUAAAUAAAUGCAGUAUGUUGACUUAAAACUGGUAAUUGUAAAAUAUAUUUGAGACUUAAGAUAAAGUAUAUGAGUAUUAGCCUCUGUGACGGAGGCCUUAGUAAAUAAAUGAAUCUCAUCUCUUGGGGUCUACUAAUGAUUGUAACACAUCUCUAUCAAGGUUUUAAAGCAAAUUAUAAAAGUGAAACAAUGAUACUUGUACAGAUGUGAUUUGUGCUAUUGCUUUGGUACAUUGUUUGAACUUCUACUCUUGAUUUACUAUGUAUACUUUUUCACACCCGUUUGCAGUAAAAAAAACUAAAGCGUGUGCCUAUUUGCUUAGUUAAGAUGGAACAGACAAUAUGUACUAUUGGUGGUCUAAAAAAAGAAACAAAAACUGUGGCACAUAAGCGAAUGUUUGACAUUCUCAAGCACUUGCCUAUAAAAAACAGUUCUAUAGUUCCAUUUUCUCUACACCUAGAGUAAGUCUCAAGUAAGACUCUGAGAUGUACAGGAUACUUACAUUGGGAUUCUAAAAAUAAAUCUCUGCCUUUUAAUUCUAAA